GUUGAUGUUUGGGUUAAAAAAAAAAAAAGAAAGAAAGUCCCUCCUCAAGCUCGGUUGGGUGAGCGCACUUGCCCGCGGAGCUCCCAGGCUAAGCAGCCAGAAACGUCGCCAACAUCCCGGCCAGGUGCCGCCGCUUCCAUCCAUGGACGACCCGGCGGUUGUCACGGCGAGUCAGACGACAGUUCCCGGGAAAGCCGAUGGCGGCGCGGUUGAGCCCAACCACGACUACACGGCCUUCGUGCUGGUGCCCGUCUUCUUCCUGCUGGGGCUGCUGGGCGUGGUCAUCUGCCACGUGCUCAAGAGGAAGGGGUACCGGUGCACCACCACCGAGGCGCCGGACGAGGACGAGGUCGAGGAAGCGUGUGACGGAGACGGAAACGAUCCGGAACUGGGCGGAGACUUUAAUGACACCCUCAGCGAGAACAAUGACACGGUGGGACAGAUCGUCCACUUCAUCAUGAAAAAUGAAGCCAACUCGGAUGCCCUGAAAGCCAUGAUUCACGACAACAGCAUCGACUCUGAUGGUGCCCCCGCCACCCCCACGUCCCCAUUCACGCCCUCGCCUCCGAUGACCCCCGUGUCCCCGGGCGCGCCAGCGGGGGCCGCCAAGCACACCUGCAACCACCUGCACACCAUCGGCGGCGUCGGCGGCAACAGGAACAUCUGCACGCGCUGCAGCCAGAAGAAGUGGCCGCUCGUGAGCAAGCCGGCGCCCCGCAGGGCGGAGCAGCGCCGCAGCCACCACGGGGAAGUCACGGUGCUGUCCGUGGGCAGGUUCCGCGUGACAAAGUGCGACAAACCUGCCAGGGAGCGGCGGACCCUGCUGGUUGCAGAUUCCAACGGGAGUGUCCCCACCGAGGAGGUUGUGCCAAAUAGCCGGACGGCGUCCGAGUCCCAGGAGGAGAAGGAGAACUUGGACCAGGAGAAGUGAGAGAAAUCCCGCUUUUCCUGACGCUAAGCCACUUUUUUUCGGAACCUCCCGACGACGACGUCGACACAUAAGAGCAAUAUCGGUGUGCGCAGCCUUCCCCGACGGGGGCCCAGCGACGUGCAGCCACGUUCUUUUCCAGCGCCGGAGGAGAAACGCAAGUGUUUCUUUCCAUAUUCCAUAUUUAACCCCCGCCAAAGAUGUGCGCGACCAAUCCCAGAUACGAUGCGGGAAGCAAAAGCGCGCGCCGUCAUCGACUUGAUUUCUUAAGGCUUCGUUCAUCGGUACGACCAGGAAUUCCGGAUAAGCUGACGAGGUGGCCGCAGGAAGUUGUCGCGAUCAAGGCGUCAUUUUUGGCCAGCCAGGAUUUUAUCUCGUUAGUGCACGUGCAUAAUUUCCAGUGCUCGAACGGCUUCCGCGCCACUGAAAUAUUUUCAUAAAUGUUCCACUCGGUCAGCUGGAGUAAAGGCUACAUUUUACUGUUGUUGCUCAACAUUUCAUUUUAUUGCCAUUUUGUCAACUUUUAUUCAAAUGCAUACUGAGAACGCACUCCUUUAUUUUUUUUCUCUAUUAUUAUUAUUAUUAUGAGUAUGAGCUGCCUUCCUACUCACAGGCGUGAAGGGUUUAUCGUUGCGUUUGUUGGGUUUCUUUUUAAAGUUGAACCAAAGUCAGUGUUGUUUUUGCUUUUAAACCCCCCCCCCCAAAAAAAAAAAAAAAUCUGCAAAAUAUUGACAACGCUGGUAUUGCAAAUUAACUCGUCAUGAGAGCUAGGUCCAAUUGUAGAACGACAUUGUGCAGUUAGCCAUCAAUUUCUACCUACAACCCCCACAAAACAGUGUUUUGUGCUGUUUUGGCAAGUUAUUUUUUUGUGGUGAAUCACAUGUUGGAUGGACGAGUCCCCUCCCAAAUUGCGUGCUGCUAGAUGCUAGGCUAGUAGCUACUAGCCGGUAAUAGGCUAGCGGACCAGCGCCGGUGCCAUCCAGUCCGCCCGCAGCCUUAGAUCCGCACAACACACACACACACACUUAAGGGAAAGUUAACUUUAUUGUUUAUUUACAUUUAUUAUUUUAUACGUUUCAAACUUUAUUGCGAUCUCUCUCCAGCGAGCUAGCGAGCUACCGUUGCGUGUGGCUCCCACCGCAUAACAAGAACACACUGGAAAGCUAACUGACUACCGGCUAAAACGUAUUAAAACAUUCGGCCCCAUAUUUUGAAUUUUAUGGACGAUCGGCGUUUUCCUUUCCACUGGCGCUCGCUACGCGGGAAAAAAAGCCAAAUAUUGCUUCAUGUCUCAAAACUAUUAUCAAUCACCAGCAAAACGUACGUUGACGUCUCGGAACGAGCCGCCCGAUAUUUUGGAUUUUGUAAACAUUAAGAACCGUAACGUCGCUUAAUGAGGAACAAGUUUAUCGUCCAUAAAUCCACAUUUUUUUUUUUUUUUAACAGAGGUGGACAUAAAUCCCUCAAAUUUGGUGACCGCUGACGAUCAUUUUCUGCCUUAAAUCCGCGUUAAACGUUUUCGACCGUCUUUGGUUCAACUUUAAGCAACGUUUACGACGUGCUAAAUAUUAAGUCCAUUCCAUUUAGUUUAGUUUUUUUUUUUUUUCUCUGCCGUGGGUUUUGAAUUCAAGAUGGAGUUUGAUGCGGGUCCGAAGUGAUACCAAAGCAAGAGAGCGUUGACGUCAGUAACCUUGAAGUGUCUACCUCUUCUCUCAUUCUUUUUUUUUGAGGGGGGGUCUUCCACCUUCUAACGCCAUAUCAUUUGUUUAUAGUGUCAGCAUCAUCACG